AUGGCAGCUGCUGGAGUCGGCCCUGAUGGGGUGGCUCUGCCCAAUUCCUCCGGGAUCAAAGUCAUUGUGGUUGGCCUUGGUGUGGCCGGGCUUACAGCUGCAGUAGAAUGCCACCGCAAGGGUCACACUGUCAUUGCGUUCGAGAGGGUGAAGGAAAUGAAACCUUUAGGGGACGGAAUCGGUAUUGCAUGCAAUGCCGCUCGUGUCAUCUCAAAAUGGGGCGGCGGCAGCGUCCACAAGACUCUGGAGUCAUUCACCUCCGUUAUGAACCCUACCUCCAUCUAUGACGAAACCGGCACGCUAAAGACGAAGGCUUCCAUAUCUGGCUAUGGCAAAGGUGAAGGAUAUCUCUUGCACAGGGGCGACCUGGCAAUGACUCUGUUUGAUCAUGUAAAGAGCCUCGGAAUAGAUGUACGCAUGGGAGUAUCCAUCGCGGAGUAUUGGGAGACAGAUACCGCUGCUGGCGUGAUUGUGGAUGGGGAACGAAUUGAAGCUGACUGCGUCAUUGCCGCUGAUGGAGUGCACAGUAAAGCGAGGGCACCCAUCACAGGACAGACCCCUCUUGUUCGGGCCUCUGGGAGAGCCAUUUAUCGAGCUUGGUUUGAAUCUUCUGCUCUAAAGGACUGCCCAGAAGCCGAAUGGCUAUCCAAGCCUGGAAGUGAGGGCAACGACGACGCCCAUAUCUAUUUGGCAAAGGACAUUGUAAUGAUCAUGGGCACAUCGCAGAACUACAAAGCCAUAACCUGGUCAUGCGUUCACUCGGAUCCUCGAGGCCCUACUGAGCGCUUCUACUACCCAGCAACAGCUGAUGAUGUGCUUGAACGCAUAAAAGAUUGGCCGGCUAAGCCCAGGCUUGAAGCUGUAAUACGAAGAACGCCUCCUGAUAACCUUAUUGAUUAUCCCCUUUUAACGUGCGAUCCAAUUGAGGAUAAUGUCUCGAAGCAUGGACGAAUGAUUCUGAUUGGCGAUGCUACUCAUCCGUAUCUGCCGACAUCUGGCCAAGGCGCCUGCCAGGCCAUCGAAGACGCAGCAGUCGUUGCAAUUGCUUUGGAGCUCGCUGGGAAGGGAAAUGUGCCUCGGGCUCUUCAAGUAUUCAAAAGAAUCAGAGGAGAGAGAACUUUGGAGAUCCAUAAACUGGGUCUAAACACGCUUGAAAUACUUGUUAGUGCUGACUGGAGCGAUGAAGAGAAGAGCUCCAAGAUUCUAUCGAUCCCAAACCCUGUGUGGGUUCUGAACCACGAUUGUCAAAAGUAUACCUAUGAGGAGUACGACAAGGUGGCCGAAUCUAUUGUGGCUGGGACUGAGUACAAGCCUCUCAAUACCACGUCAACCUACUUGCCAAAUUAG